CGGCCUUCCUGUCGAUCGCGAGCAGGGCUUCUUGAUUUUCUUUAGAUCGUUUCAUUUUUCUCACGAUUAUGUAGUUCUGUUCAUUUUUAUCAAAUAAUAUUUAUAAAGUACACUUGAACAUGGCUGCUCUAGCUCGGUCCUUGAGAGGUAGUGGCAAUAUAACGAAUCUUUAUGGUGCGCUAUCGUGGGAGAGAUGUAAUCUGGCUGUGGUACGUUCUUCAAGAUGGCAACAGAAAAGGUUUAUGUCGAACCCUUUGCAGGGAAAGACAGUUCGUAUAGGCUGUGCCUCUGGAUUCUGGGGAGAUUCAAUGUUGGCAGCACCACAGCUUGUUUCCGAGGGCAAUAUAGAUUAUCUUGUGUCUGAUUACUUGUCGGAAAUCACAAUGUCACUUCUGACAGCAGCUAAAAGAAAAUCUCCUACUAUGGGGUAUGCACCUGACUUCAUACAGUCUGUUAUGAAAGUACUCAUCAAACCCAUAAAGAAAAAAGGUAUUCGUGUGGUCAGUAAUGCGGGAGGAGUCAAUCCACACGAGUGUGCCAAAGCUUUGAUUGCUGUGGCAGAAGAAGCUCAAACUGACUUAAAAGUUGCCGUUGUCACUGGAGAUGAUCUUAUGGGGGACAUUGAACAAAUAAAGCAGGCUGGCAUUAAAGAGAUGACAAGUGGUCAAGACUUCCCAGACAGUGUUGUCAGCAUGAAUGCAUAUAUAGGAGCCCUUCCCAUUGCAAGGGCCUUGGAACUUGGUGCAGAUGUAGUUCUUACUGGAAGAUGUGUUGACAGUGCAUUGGUUCUUGGCCCUCUUAUGUAUGAGUUUGGAUGGAAGCCAAAUGAUUAUGAUUUACUUGCAUCUGGAAGUUUGGUGGGUCAUUUAGUUGAGUGUGGGGCCCAGUGCACUGGAGGAAUCUUCACUGACUGGCAGACUGUACAUAAUUGGGACAAUAUCGGUUAUCCCAUAGCUGAGUGUGCUGCAGAUGGAAAGUUUAUUCUUUCUAAACCUCCCAACACUGGAGGGCUGGUGUCUCCAUCUACUGUAGCUGAACAGUUGGUUUACGAGCUUGGAGACCCAGCUCAAUAUGUUCUCCCAGAUGUGACUUGCGACUUUACGCAAGUCAGGCUUCAAGGACUCAUUGGUUAUGAUGGUGGAGCAGUUCUUGUUCAGGGUGCAGUUGGCAAACCAGCCUCAGAUGCGUACAAGGUUUGUGCAACGUACGCAGAUGGAUUUCGUGCCACAGCUGUUUGUCCCGUUGGAGGGCCGUUUGCUUCACUUAAAGCUAAGAAAACGGGCGAAGCCCUCUUGAAAAGGACAAGAAGAAUGUUUGAAAAUUUAAAGCUGGAUGACUACACACGAACUCAUAUUCAGGUUUUGGGCUCCGAGGAGACAUAUGGAAAACAUGCCUUUCCAGGGAUCAUGACAGCAAAUCCCAGGGAAGCAGUAUUAUGGCUGGCAGUUCAUCAUCAGCAGAAGAAAGCAUUGGAAUUGUUUGCAAUGGAAAUUGCUUCCGCUGGAACCAGUAUGGCCCCUGGAUUAACUGCCAUCGUUGGAGGAAGACCGAGAGUCUCUCCAUUGCUGAGACUGUAUUCUUUCUUGUAUCCCAAAGACAACGUCAAGGUUGAUAUUUUUAUGAAUGGUGAACAUGUGGAAACAGUUUCUCCUUCAGUACCAGAUGAACAACCAGCAGCACCUGACAGUGAGACACGCACACAUGAUGCGGUACCAAAAAUUCGAAUGCCAAAGGGCCGUUGUACAUUUCCACUUAGCUCUUUAGCACUGACGAGGAGUGGUGAUAAAGGCAACAACGUCAAUAUAGGUGUAAUUGCUCGCCAUCCUUCCUACGUUCCCUUCAUACGAGCGGCACUGACCGAGGAAAGUGUCGCGAAAUAUUUUAGUCACUUAUUUCCUUCUCCACCAGAAGAAGGACACUGUAAAGUUAAAAGAUAUGAACUUCCAGGGAUCAACGCAUUUAACUUUGUCUUAGAAAAUGCUUUAGGAGGCGGCGGGGUGACAUCAUUACGCAGCGACCCACAGGGAAAAGCUCUUGGUCAGAUGCUUUUAGACUUCAAGAUAAAGAAUGUUCCUGAUAUUUUACCAUCUGUCAUUGAACCCAGCCUUUGAGGACUAAGCUUAAACUUGUUUACCAGCGACACAACAUUUUGAUUCCUCAGGCUUUUUUUUAUGGAAACACCGAUUACGGUUGCCAUAUUCAAAAAAAUUUGAAAAUAAUCAAUCAUAUUGAUUUGGUUUUGUCUGUGACUAAUUUGAUGUCGAAGUGGGAAGGUAAAGGUUACGUAUGAAGACGCGAUCACAAUUACGUAUAUUUAUUGAACGUAUCCUUAUCAAUGAAUGUCCUAAGUUUUGUAACAUUUUUUAACGGCUUUUAGCAAUCUUAAUGGCGUCUUCAUCGUUCGAGGAGCAUUAUCAAUCGCGGUAUAUUUUCCUUCCAGAAAACCGCUUUAAUCUUGAUCAUCGUUAAUACAUUGCCAGUGUGAACCAAGUAAAUCCUUGAGAUACCUUAUGGAAAGUUUUAACAACAGCCUCAACAGUUGCAUUCGGGCUUGAUGAUCACGACGGAAAUCAGUAGUAACAGAAUUCCCAUACCUCUGACCAUGGUUACACACAAAUCUUUUGUGUAACGAAAUACGAAAAUUAAACAGAUAAUCGGAUAAUGGUUUCAGUGGCUAGGUUAUUUCCAAAUAGAGGGCACCAAUGAUCGAUGCAUACAUUGCUGGCGUUGCACUAUUACUUGUAUUUUUAGGCGUAUCAACCCUUUGUGAUGGGUCACUGUCAUUCUUUCAUGAGCAUAGUACUUCGCUGCGCACGUUGCAAGCUCCGCUAUUAAGUUUUUUUAAAACCAAAUUUUGCAUUAGGAAGCACUGAGUUUUCAAAAAGCUUGGCUCAAGUAGCUAUUUAAGUAAGGUAUGGGUAUAGGCAAUUUGUCUUCUUGUGUUGUGAGCACCACCGAUCUGAAACUUGACAUGUUACGGAUUUCCUAGAACGUCGGACCCUUUGGGGCUUCAGUUCCCAAGCAACACCUAGAGAGUUUUGGCCCUAGACAUCUUUGGUAAAUUACAAGUGUAAAGUCUUUUUUAAAUUUCCAUGUAGGAUUAGCAGUCUUUUUCAGUACUGAGAAAUGUUGCCCUCACUUCAUUUUGAUAGGACUGUAGCUUCACCUUUUGUAACGAUGCUAAUGAGCUUAACCCUUAAACCCUAAGAGUGACUAGCACCUAAUUUCUCCUUACAAUAUCACUUCUGAAUCAAA